CUGAUUAAGACCUGACGCCUAACAGUAAUUUCCUUUCUUCUUCUUUACCUCAUCAUCUUUUUCCUUUUCCGUCCUCCACCAUUUUUCCAAAUCGAUCAAACCUUACUCCAACCAAUAACCGAAUCAUCUCCCACAAAUUUCAGAUCUACCGAACCAAAUGUUCGUCCAUUUUUUCCCUCAGUAAUCCAAUUUUAGGGCAUUAUAAUUAAUACCAUUUGGUAAUGGCGAAGUGGCUUAAAGCUGCCGAAGAUUUAUUAGAAGUUGUAGAUCGACGGGCAAAGCUGGUGGUUAGUGACUAUGACCAGCAACCGGAAUCAAACUCACCAGGCAACUUAUUAGCAUCCAAUGGGGAAGAGUUGAAGUCCAAGAAAACUAAACGGAAGGAGAAGGCUCAGUCAAGGCUCCAGGCUAAUGAACCUCCAAAAACAAGUUCCGUUGAGCCGGGUCAAGGUACCACACAGCCAUCCCCAGAUAAUGCUAAACCUGAUACGUUGGAAGUUACUGUAUCUUCCGAAAAUGAUGGUGCUGUUUCCAGCAAUUCCCCUGGCAAAACUAGCAAAGAGAUACAGCCAGAUUCAAAUGAAGAGGGCACUAUAUUGAGUGGUACUUUACCUGAGGCAACCCCGAGUGAUGUGGAUAAACCUGAUACUCUUACUGCAUCGGAAAUUUCUUCUACCAUUAAUGAUUUAGUAGCUUCUAGUUCAUCAGUAAAUGGUGAGAGUAAUAUUGAAAAUACAUCAGAGGGACAUAAAGAAUUGCCUUCAGUUUCGGUGGGAGAAGGAGAUGAUGUCAUUGAUAAAGAACAUUCUGUUGAUGCCGAACAAAUCACUAAACCAGGAGUUGAGGAUAUUCCUUCAAAAGUUGGUUUAGAGAGAUCUGAACUGGAAAAUGUGGGAACACAUACUAACAAUGAUGCUCCAUCAGAAGAUGUAGAUCGAAAGGACCAAACUUCUUUAGAAGUUAAGAUGCAACAGGAAGAUAAAUGUGAUGUUUCUCCAGCUAGAGUGCAAGACCAACUUGAUGAGGCUCAAGGACUGCUCAAAACUGCAAAAUCUACUGGUCAAUCUAAAGAAGCCAGGUUAGCUAGGGUUUGUGCUGGACUUUCAUCCCGCCUUCAAGAAUACAAAUCUGAAAAUAAGCAGCUGGAAGAGCUUCUUGUGUCAGAGAGAGAAAGGAGACAGUCAUAUGAGGCUCGUGUUAAGCAACUACAGCAAGAGUUAUCUGCAUCCAAGAUUGAAGUGUCUAGAGUUGAAUCCAAUAUGAGUGACGCUUUGGCUGCAAAGAAUUCAGAAAUUGAAAACCUUGUCAAUUCAAUGGAUUCGCUAAAGAAACAGGCUGCUACAUCCGAAGGAAAGCUUGGCUCUCUUCAGGCAAAUAUGGAGUCUAUUAUGAGAAAUCGGGAGCUGACAGAAACACGAAUGAUGCAGGCUCUACGGGAAGAGCUGGCUUCUGUAGAACGCAGGGCAGAAGAAGAACAUGCAGCACACAAUGCUACCAAAAUGGCAGCUAUGGAACGGGAGGUGGAGUUAGAACAUCGAGCUCUUGAAGCAUCAACAGCCCUUGCUAGAAUCCAGAGAACAGCUGAUGAGCGGGCAUCAAGGGCAGCAGAUCUAGAGCAAAAGUUGGCAGUAGUUGAGGCUGAAUGUGCAUCAUUGACUCAAGAGUUGCAAGAUAUGGAAGCUCGUGUUCGCCGCGGCCAAAAGAGGUCUCCUGACGAAGCAAGUCAAGCACUUCAGAUGCAGGCAUGGCAGGAAGAAGUGGAGCGUGCACGCCAAGGUCAAAGAGAUGCAGAAAGCAAGCUUUCUUCUUUGGAGGCUGAAAUGCAGAAGAUGAGGGUGGAAAUGGCAGGCAUGAAAAGGGAUGCUGAGCAUUAUUCACGGCAGGAACACAUGGAGCUAGAAAAGCGCUAUCGCGAGUUAACAGAUUUAUUGUACUACAAGCAAACUCAAUUAGAGACAAUGGCCAGUGAAAAGGCUGCAACUGAGUUCCAAUUGGAGAAAGAGGCUAAGCGAUUUCAAGAAGCACAGGUAGAAGCAGAAAGAAGUAAGGUCCCCCGCAGGGCAUCAACAUCUUGGGAAGAAGAUACGGAUUUGAAAACCCUUGUGCCUCUACCCUUGUAUCAUCGGCAUAUGGCUGGCGCUAGUUUACAGUUACAAAAAGCAGUAAAGCUUAUAGAUUCAGGAGCAGUUAGAGCCACUCGAUUUCUCUGGCGAUAUCCUGUUGCAAGAGUACUCCUACUCUUCUAUCUGGUGUUUGUUCAUCUCUUCUUAAUGUAUCUUUUACAUCGGCUUCAGGAACAAGCCGACAACUUUUCUGCCAGUGAAGUUGCAGCCUCGAUGGGACUAAAUUACCCAACUUUGCCUUGAGAUUAUAUAUAAUUGUUCUGUUCAUUAAAUUGUUCAUCUUUGUAGUUUUUCUUAACUAUUUUACUCACUGGAAACGUAAAAGAACGAAAUUCAUAUAUACCUGUAGAAAUACAUUUUUUUAUAGCGACUUGUUCUAUUGUUUUAUAUUUCUAA